AUGGCUUCCUCUUGGCCAUCACUCGGCUCCGCUGCUGCAUCUACCACGAUCGCUAAUCAAACCGCACGCGGAGCUUUCGUUGCUGGCGCAAUGACAUCUAACGCGAUUAUGGGUACUGAGCUUGACUUAAUGGCCAAGCCUAAAAUCCGUCUGCACUUCCGCGUUAAUCAGGGCGUCUCCUCGGCUGGUGUCAAUACUACGAAGGGUAUGUCGUUAGCAUCUACUACUAUCUCGUCAGGUAAUACUUGUCCGGUAAGGGUUGCUGCGAUCGCAUGGGGAGCGGUUGUAAACGCGCUGGAACCAACUAUUGAUGGUACUUAUAUGUCAUUUACAACGAGUCGUCUCUAUGUGCCGGUUACGCAUCUAAAGAAUCCUCAAGCUAUUAUCUCGACGCCCGUGAAGAAGGUUCGUUUCAACGAUUGCUAUGGUUAUCUUUUCUACCAACGCGCCGGCAUCGGUAAGCAGUCAACUCAACUUAAUGCAUCCUUCUAUAUACAGCUAUCGGCUAGUGUUAAGAACGCCAAAUACGUUAUUCUACUACCGUUUGCUGAGCAGACGAAUAGUCUCAACUCAGCGGCUGUGCAAGUGUUUCAGAGUCCGUUUGAUAGCGCUCCUUGGACGCUACACCCUGGCUCAUCGAUUAGAAAUUUCAAUGUUCGCAUCGUCUCCAAAAUUAGUGCUAUCAAUGGUGGUCUGACACCUGAACUAGUUAACGGGCUGCUUGGUUACCAGUCGUGGUCGUUGACCAACCGCGUCCUCAUUGCUGAUGUUAGCCGCCUGACGGAGCGUGGUGUCCCUCAGAGCAUCCAAAUUCAAGGCUUUAACGCCGGUUGCGAAGGUGUUAAUAUGAUAGUCCUCGUAAUGAGCGAGCAGGAGCUGACUUAUGAUCGUCUAACAGGAGAGGUUUUGGAUUUUUUACAACUGCUUUAG